ACAGAUCAAACCUGGGGUUACCAUAAAUCUACGAAUAGAAAGCAUCCAUUUAGAAAUUUGACGAGAGUAUAAGUGGACCUAUAAAAUGUUUGUCCUUUUGGUCAGAGCUGCCAUGAACUUCCAAAUUUCAAGCUUCUAUGGCCUGCAUUAACCAACCACACAUAAUGCAGCAUAUUGCCUCCCAUAGGGUCAAAGGAACCUGCCACCCAUCUAAGGAAAUCUAAAUCCAAUCCAGAAACAAUAGAUUGCUGCUGAUGUGUAGAUAUCCUAAUCCACAUCAUCAUCACCUUCCCAUUAUAUACGGACCGACUCUCCCAGUUCAAAACAUCUCCAUUCAUAGCCAGCACCUGAUCAAUACCACACCCUACUUCAAACACAAAAACAGUCAUGGCAACCACUCCUAUCCAGCAGUCAGCAUUUUCCGGCCAGACCAUUCUGAAGCAGUCAAAUGAGAUCAGCCGAAUUGGCAACCUGGGUGACGGCCGUGUCACCAUGAGGCGCACUGUUAAAAGUGCCCCUGAAAGCAUAUGGUAUGGCGCAGACUGCCCAAAAUACUUGGGACCAUUCUCUGAGCAAACUCCAUCCUACUUGACCGGUGAAUUUCCAGGUGACUACGGAUGGGACACUGCUGGACUAUCCGCAGACCCCGAGACCUUUGCCAAGAACCGUGAGCUUGAGGUGAUCCACUGCAGGUGGGCCAUGCUUGGUGCAUUGGGCUGUGUCUUCCCAGAAGUCUAGUCCAAGAAUGGCGUCAAGUUUGGUGAAGCUGUUUGGUUCAAGGCCGGGUCUCAGAUCUUCUCUGAAGGCGGCUUGGACUACCUCGGAAACCUAAACCUCAUCCACGCCCAGAGCAUCUUGGCAAUCUGGGCCUGCCAGGUUGUCCUCAUGGGUUUCAUUGAGGGCUACAGAGUUGGUGGAGGCCCACUAGGUGAGGAUCUUGACCCACUUUAUCCAGGAGGUGCCUUCGACCCCCUGGCUGAUGACCCGGAAGCCUUUGCUGAGCUCAAGGUGAAGGAAAUCAAGAAUGGAAGACUAGCAAUGACCUCCAUGUUUGGUUUCUUUGUUCAGGCAAUUGUUACCGGAAAGGGACCAAUUGAGAACCUCUAUGACCACGUUGCUGAUCCCAUCGCCAACAAUGCAUGGGUAUACGCCACCAACUUCGUCCCUGGAAAGUGA